AAGUCGUUUCUUGACAUCGAUCAAAAUGCAAGCAGUCGUUUUUUUGAGUGUUUUGUUAUUCAUUGGAGGCUCAUACGCUCUCCCAGCUGAAUAUGCUGAACCUAAGCAUCGAUGGACUUUGAUUCCUGAUGGUGAUGGUCGCAUGCAUUUAAUGGAUUUAAAUCCAAUUGAACCUAUUGAACCUGUUGAACCUUCUUUCAACGCCGACAAUGAUGUUUUCUUUGUUUUAUUCACUCGAAGAAACCCCACAGCUGGUCAAAGACUUGCCCGAACAACUGCUUCAAUUAACGGUUCUCAAUGGAGAAGCACAGCUGGUGGUACAAGAUUCAUUAUCCAUGGAUGGAACAACAACCCCCUUUCUCCAGUCAAUACCAUGAUUACUCAAGCUUACUUAGCUGCAGCUGAUCACAACGUUGUACGUGUUGAUUGGGGUGCAGGUGCCAAUUCUCUCAGCUAUCCCACUUCAAGAAAUCGUGUUCCUGAUGUAGCAAGAGUCACAGCAAGUUUCAUUGAUUGGUUGCACCAAAACGGUUUCCUUGUUAACUUCAACCGUUUAGUCAUUGCUGGUCAUAGCUUGGGAGGUCAUAUUGCUGGUAUUACUGGAAAACGUGUCACUCGUGGACGUAUCCAAGCAAUCUUUGCACUUGACCCAGCUGGUCCACUCUUCUCAGUGGGAGAUGCCAAUGGAAGAUUUGCAUCAGGUGACGGAGUUUACACAGAAAUGAUUGCAACUAAUGCUGGUGUGUUAGGAUUUGCCGAACCACUUGGGCAAGCCACAUUCUAUCCUAAUUGGGGAACAUCACAACCAGGAUGUGGAACAGAUAUUUCUGGAAACUGCGCUCAUGGUCGUGUUAACAAUUUUUACUCUGAAUCAGUAACAUCGAAUAGAUUUGUUGCAAGACGUUGCGCAAACCAUGGGCAAAUCACAAGCAGAAACUGCCCAACUGGUCAAGGAACUGGAACUAUGGGUGGAAAUGGCAGCAAGAACUUGAAUGGUGUCUUCUUCCUUGAAACCAAUGCCAACUCUCCAUUCGCUCGCGGUUAAAUUUUACCUAAAAUUUUCGAAAUUUCUGAAAUAAUUUUUUCAAUAAAACAUGCAAACCUUUGCUAAAUAAAUUGUAAAAUUAUUGGA